AUUCUGUCUGUUGGAGGUAAACCGCAAAAGGGAAAUUUUCUUCGCUUUCCGUGAGUUUUGGUGUGUGCACGUUCCCCCAAGGAGCUAAAAGUGUGUGAUUUCCUGGCAAAGAAAACACAGUUUCCUGAACAAAAUGUCUCUCGCAGUGAAAAGAUUGCUUCCUCUUCUGGACCGUGUUCUUGUGCAGCGUGCCGAGGCUAUCACCAAAACCAAAGGCGGAAUUGUCAUCCCCGAGAAGGCACAGGCCAAAGUUCUCCAAGCCACAGUUGUUGCCGUUGGUCCGGGUGCGCGAAACAAGAAAGGCGAUCACAUUCCAAUGGCCGUGAAGGUUGGAGAUCAGGUUUUACUCCCAGAAUUCGGGGGCACAAAGGUUGAGCUUCAGGACGACAGCAAGGAGUAUCAUUUGUUCCGGGAGUCUGAUAUUUUGGCCAAAAUCGAAUAAUUUCGCCCAUUUAUUUUCCAAUCUCUUGCAUCUCUUUAUCAUUUAUAAAAGUCAUAAGUUUAAAACAAAAAAGUAGUUAGAAUUUGCAUUUAUGCUUGCGGCGUUGGGUAAUGUGGAAACCCUUGAAUCGGCUCUGGGAGACAAGUUGUUACUCUUUUAGUCAACCCACAGUGAACUGAAGGAAUUAAUGUAAAAAAAAGAGAGAACAUCGUAUUUGUACGUAGAUCGUUUAUAAUAAAACAAAUUACAAAAAGGGGA